AUGGCUACAACCAUGGAGAUUGACGAUGACGAUUGUGAUCUCCCGACCUCCAGCAGUGGGAAAGGCGAAAAGAAACGUUUCGAAGUGAAAAAGUGGAACGCAGUGGCAUUAUGGGCCUGGGAUAUUGUUGUGGAUAAUUGUGCUAUUUGCCGUAAUCACAUCAUGGAUCUAUGCAUUGAAUGUCAAGCAAACCAGGCCUCUGCCACUAGCGAGGAAUGUACGGUAGCCUGGGGUGUAUGUAAUCACGCCUUUCAUUUUCAUUGUAUUUCACGCUGGCUGAAAACACGGCAGGUCUGUCCACUCGAUAAUCGUGAAUGGGAGUUUCAGAAGUAUGGUCAUUAAUUGGAUAUAUUCACUGUACAAGUCAGAUUUCUCUUUGUUAUUCAGCCAUUUAUGUUAAUGGCAUUCAAAAAAGAAAAAUUGUUUUUUUUAUGGAAGAUGUAAUCUUUACAAAAAGGUGAUAAAUGUAUAAGUAAAAGGGAAAGU